UAAUGCAAUUUUGAGUAUUUUUAAGAGCAUUUGCGUGCAUUGGACAUUAAAAAUGUAUAAGUAGUUUUUACCUUAAUUUAUAAUUCUCAAAAAACAAAGUAAACGUUUAAGUACGGAAAAAUUUUACUCUAUCGCAUUUUAUAUCACAUUUAUAUUUGAUAUUAAUAAAAUGAAAAAUUGCUGAAACUAUUAAUGCUACUCACCUCAACUAUAAACACGUGAUAAAGUUAAUGGUUGAAUAAAAAGUAGCAAUAAUUGCACUGGAACAAUAAAGAUGUCAUUUAACAUGUUGACGGCUCUUGAUAAAUAUUUGAGUUGGCUACCUACUGAAACUGAAAGUUUAAUACCUUAAGUACUAAAUAGUGUAACCCAUAGUCAUAAAUAAAAAAAUAUAAUAUUUAUAUUAUACCAUUCGAGCAUAUGUAUAUUUAUUAAUAUAUUUCCUUUCCUUUGCAUGUUAAUAUAUAUAUAUGUAUAUAUACAUAUGCACAUAUUUUGGAAGGUAACUAGGUUAUGUUUGUAAAUACUUAUGAUAAUAGUUAUUGGGUUACUACAAGCUAGUUUGCUUAGAAUAUCUCUACAUAUGUACGUCUGGUUCGGCGACAUAUGAGAACAAGUAUUCACAUGAACAAUAAUAUUUAAUGAAUUUUUAAGUAAACGUACGUGCACGGCCUAAUUUUUAGGCUUUUCUAAAAUUAUAAAGAUAAAGGAAUAUAUGUGUAUAUAUACCCACGCUGCCUUAAUCAGCCUCAAAAAAUGUCUAAAUAUACAGGAAAAAAAUGUCGUUUACUUUCAAUGAUGUGGCUGACUGCGUUUUUCUUCUUCGUGGAAAUCGUGGUGGGCUAUGUGACAAAUUCAAUGGCCCUGGUAGCAGAUAGUUUUCAUAUGUUAGGUGACAUAGCUGCCCUUGUCAUAUCAUUCCUAUCGGUCAAAAUGUCCCCGAAAAAGUGGUCCAAAAAUACGUUUGGUUGGGCGCGAGCAGAAGUGUUGGGUGCUCUGGUUAAUGCAGUGUUUUUAGUUGCUUUGUGCUUUAGCAUUACCAUAGAAGCUUGUAAAAGAUUUAUAGAAGAAGAGGAAAUUCACGAACCGAAACUAUUAGUUAUAGUAGGCUGUCUAGGAUUGUUGGUAAAUGUGAUAGGAUUAUGUUUGCUUUAUGAACACGGCGGUCACCAUGGACAUUCACACGGGGGAGGCCUUACUAGAAAUCACAGCAGACUUACCGAACUGGCUAAUAUCGAUGAUGGCGAGGGCGAGGGCGAAGCUGAAUUUGCUUAUGAAAAAGAGAAAAAACCGGUUAAGAAGUUGAACCAUGGACAUAGUCAUGAUGCAGGCCACAUGAAUAUGAGAGGUGCAUUUUUACAUGUAUUAAGUGAUGCUUUGGGUAGCAUUAUUGUUGUGAUAAGCGCUUUGGUGGUAUGGUUAACAGACUGGAAAUAUCGAUAUUAUAUGGAUCCUGCUCUUUCAAUUGUGUUAGUUUGCUUAAUUUUACAUUCUGUUUGGCCCCUUCUACGUGAAUCUGCGUUAAUAUUGCUGCAAACUGUUCCAACUCAUAUUCAGGUCGAUGCCAUUCAAAAGCGUCUUUUAGAAAAGGUUGACGGAGUCUUGGCCGUUCACGAAUUUCAUGUUUGGCAAUUGGCUGGAGAUCGCAUAAUCGCUUCAGCGCAUAUAAGAUGUCGGAACCUUUCGGAAUACAUGAAAAUUGCUGAAAAAGUUAAAGAAUUUUUCCACAAUGAAGGCAUACACUCUACCACAAUCCAACCGGAAUUUGUUGAAAUCGAAGGUUGUAACAUGUCUGACGGUACAUCUAGUCUAAAUAUGAGUGGCUCUGAUUGCGCACUAGAUUGUCCAAGUACAGCCGAAGGAUGUGUUAAAGCAACUUGUUGUCAAAAUAAUAGCAAAUUAAAUCAGGUGCCCUCGCCGACAAAUUCCCCUUAUGCAUGUCGCCAAAGGAACUCGUCCAAAAAUCCGAAUGAUGUUGAAGCAGGCUCCUCACUUUUGGAAUGUUUAGCUGGUGCAUCGGUGCAUAAUGGAAAUUCGGAGUCUGGGCGUACGACUAAUGGAGAUGUAGUGUGACACCUUUACCUCUCAUACAUGUGACAAAAGUAACGAAAUGAAAAAAAAUCCCAAACGCACAAAAAAAAAAUUUGUAUUAUCCAUUUUUAUUACAACUUCGCUACAGGUAUAAUUAAUGGUUGAAAAUCUGAAUAGAUAAGAAUCCAACCAAAGAUUGAUAAAAAAUUCAGAAUUGCAUUGAAUCAAGAAAUAUGAUGUUAUAAAUCAUUAAUAACAUAACUAUCAACAAAAGCAUCAAGUUACCAUGAUACUGGUUCGAUAGACAAAAAUAUAAUAGUAAAAGUUAGUGAAUGUUAGUAGGGUAUUCAUCUAAAUUUAGUAGUAAAAUUAUAAUUUUUUUCAGUACUUUAGCGACUAAGUAUUCGUUAUAUUAGAUUGUAAUUUUAAAAUUAAAAGAACAAUUUAGAUGCAUUUCUUCUUUUUGACAAUUGUUUGUUCAAACUGAAGAAAUGUAGAUCUUUUUUAUUUUCAUAAUUUUACAUGUAUACAUAUGUAAUAUGUAAAUUUUAGAUAUAAGAAAUAAAAUAUCUUUCACUUUU